AUGAGUGCUCUGAGUUGGUUGGGUUUGCAAGGAAAUAACUUCAGGGGAAUGAUGCCAAAAUUUUCAAAAACAACCCAACUGCGCUUUCUGAAAGUUAGUGAGAAUAGAUUGGAAGGGAAGUUGCCCAGAUCAUUAGCUGAAUGCACUCAGCUUGAAGUUUUGGACGUGCGAAACAGCAAGAUGAAUGAUACAUUCCCUUUUUGGUUGGAGAAAUUGCCUUACUUGACGGUUCUAAUAUUGCGGGAAAACAGAUUUUAUGGUCAAAUUAAACAUAGAUUUGUUUUCCCAACUUUGGGUGUGUUGGACAUUGCUUCAGACCAAUUUUCUGGUGAACUAUCCAUUGAUUUCCUUCAAGCCACUCGACUAAGGUCACUCAAAAUAGGUGGGAAUAAAUUAGAAGGGCAGUUGUCGAGAUCAUUAGCCAAUUGUAAAGCACUUGAGGUUCUGGACCUUGGAAAUAAUAUGGUUCAUGAUACAUUCCCAUUUUGGUUAGAGAAGCUGCCUUCCUUGAAGGUUCUCAUUUUGCGAGCAAACAGAUUCUACGGUACAAUUACAAAAUUCAACACAGAACAUGGGUUUCCAAAGCUACGCAUAUUGGACAUUGCUUCCAACAAUUUUUCUGGCGACUUGUCCAUUGAAUUUUUGCAAAGCUUGAAGGCAAUGAUGCAGUUAACAAAUGACGACAAAGCUAAGCUGGAUUACAUUGGAGAGAAUUAUUAUCAAGAUUCAGUGACAAUUUUCAACAAAGGGAUUGAGCUGUUUUACGAGAAAAUCUUAACCACUCUUACUUGUCUUGACCUUUCCAACAAUAGUUUCCAUGGGAGAAUACCAGAAGAAAUACAAAUGCUGAGGUCACUCAAAGUGCUAAACUUGUCCUAUAAUAGCUUCUCCGGUGAAAUUCCAGUAGCAGUUCAAAACCUAAAGGAUCUGGAGUCUUUGGAUCUCUCACAGAAAGAGCUAUCAGGGAAGAUUCCUCCACAGCUUACAACUCUAACUUUCCUAGAGGCACUGAACUUGUCUUACAACCCACUUGAAGGGAGCAUACCGCAAGGCAACCAAUUCAGUACAUUUUCAAAUGAUUCUUAUCGUGGGAAUCCAAAAUUAUGCGGUCAACCAUUGUCCAAGAAAUGCAAUGAAAACUGUCUUCCAGUGCCACCGCCUCCAGGGGAAGAGGAACAGUCAUGGAUAUAUGCUAUGUCAACUUGGAAAAUUGUUUUGAUAGGUUAUGGUAGUGGUUUGGUCGCUGGGCUAUGUAUCGGAUAUACAAUGUUGAAUGAGUUGGGAAACAAAUGGGUUGACAAGUUCAAAAAACAUGGGAAAAGAAACAGAAGAAGAUCUAGGUGA